AGUGUGCUGGCUUCUGUGUGUGAAGUGUAAGUGAGUUGACAACUGGAAUGUUUCUUUUGAACACAAGUGAGCAACGUAGUUUUGAGCCAUAGAUUUAGAUAGCUCGACCGGACAAUAAUUAUGGCGCCUCACUCCUCGGUCUCGUUGGAGUUGCUUCUUCAGGACUUUCUGCGCACUGCGCCAAGUACGGUUUCGUCUCGCGCAGCUGCCUCGAGUACUUCCACUUCCUUCGUCGAGAACUCAAGUCCUUCCGGACGAUAUGCUGCGUCCUCUGAGGAUGGCUAUCUCCAUGAUUUUAGUCCGUCGCGGGCCGCGGCGGCAUUGUGGUCUUCUUUCUGGACGAGCGCGGGACCAGCGGGGCCCUCGUCGGCCAGGGCUGGGUUGACCAGGACAUCAAGAACAGGAGCGCCGUCCGGUGAAGAUUUUUCGCUGUUUCACGAAACAACAACAAGAACAAAUCGUUCAUCGCUGCUGAGAAACAUCAAAAGCCAUUUUCUCGCGACCACCACGGGCCUUGCUCCGAGGACCACCAGCUUCGCCAGUACGACGACGUGCCGCAAAGACUACGCGCUACCCUGUCCCAAAGGGUGGUGUUUAGCGGAGGACAAGGCGUGCGUGGCGCCGUACAACUGGAAAGGCGUCUGCGCGCUGCGGGACCACGGCCUCCCGAAACUCAGCGCCGAGGGCAAGGAGGUUCGCGGGGACACGUGCGACACGCCCUGGCUAUGAACUGCAAAAGUUGUAUCGUACUAGGAUAAAUCGCAUGACAAAUUAGCUCAGCAUGACAAAUGGAAUUUGUCACGCUGUUUUAUCUUGGGAUGAAGAUUUGUAAUGCAUGACUGCGAUUACUACGAGUGCGAUACUUUUGCACAGGUGGAUAAUGGCCCUGCGAGGACGAUUUCGCGGCGCACCAGUUAUCCUGAAAAAAAAGUGUUACAGUUACACACUCUGAUAGAAGACAAGCAAGACAGACAACCUCUGUCAUGCAGGAAAUGCUUGCCAGCCUAAUUGCAUUCGUGUUUUCCUUUAUAGUCUGCGCAUCACAGGUUUUCUUUGCCAUGUCGAGCAACUUUGUGAUGCAGAAACUCGAACGAGUGUGUAACUGUAACACUUUUUUCCUUGGAUACCAGGCGCGGAACAUCUACUGCCCCACGAUCACGGAUUUGGCCAAGGCACCGGAAAUGCCCGUGGCCCCGGAGAUGGCCAAAGGGAAGAAGCGGCACAACGUCAUCGUGCAGAUCGGGCCGCAGAGCGACAAACUGUUCGAGCCGCUGCAGGAGGGCGCGCUGGAACCGCCAGUGCCCGAGUCGCCGCCCGAGGAGAAGCUGGUCAUCGCCGUAUUACAGUGAAAAGUGCCCCCCACCCCUAAAUUGCAGAAAUUUGUGAUGCGAAGUUUCCAAAUGAAAACUUUUUGCCAUGCAUGAAAGGAGUAUGAAUCUUUCUGAUGCAGAAUGUAGGCGUGUAUCGCAUCGCUUGCAUGACAAGUGCCGCUCUUGCUGGGGUCUUAUGCAAUACAAAUUUUUGCUAUUCACUAUUGAAACCCUGUGAUGCUGAUAGAUGCAAGAGGGCGAAUGUUUCAUUUGGAAAGGUUUGCAAUACAAAUGCUCCCAAGUUCGGGGGUGGGGGUAUUUUUCAUUGUAAUACGCCGACGACGGCCUGCUUCACCAGCGCAAGAAGGGCGGACCGAAACUCCCGAUGAAGGGUUUGUACAGCCUAGAGGACGGGGCGGUGAAGAAGGACGCGCGGGCCAAGCCGGGGGCACACCCGCCGGUAAACGAGGACACGCAGAAGGACUUCCGGACGGGUAUACCCGCGAACGAGGUCCAGCAAGCGGUGGACGCGCUCGGUGGGAUUGUGCAGGACUAG